AUGUCUCGGACAGAAUGUAAUGGGCGGCCGAAGGCUCAGAAUCUGCCUUUAAUGGAGGUUGAUACCGUGAUCGUGGGGAAUGGGCCCGCGGCCAUGAUCCUGUCUUACAUUCUCCAUGGACACAUCCCGCAUUACUCGGCGAAUCCCCCGCAUCCAGACCCUCUACUCCAUGCGAAGCUGCAGGAUGCAUCCCCAUUACUUGACCUCGAUGUCGAUACCUUGACGGAACACUUUGCGGCGUCGCGACUUUCCUACUCCACCCAGGCACUUCCCGUUAAUGUCCUGCUCGACACCCUCAUCCGUCCUAGCGUUGAUGUGGAAGAUGCGGAGUGUACUACAAACGUUGAAUGGAGAACUGUGCGUGAAAAGGCUGUUUCACACUUGGUGAUUGGCAAUGCGCCGCAGGCAGGUGGGCAGUGGGUGGACAAUCCCAUGCCUGCGAGCUGGGAUAUUCAGACCUUGAGUUAUGCGGCUAUGUUGUCGCUGCCGGUAUAUUGUUAUGCGCGACACUAUCACAAAGUGACUGGAAAAGAACUGCCUGCGUUCACUCGCCCGACGCGGCGUGAGAUCACGGAGUAUCUACGCGAAUACCCAAAGGCCGUUGGAAUCGACGAUGUCUUCCGAUUCCAUGAAACAGUAUCCGGUGUUUCUAGAACAGCGGACGGCUUUUACAUCGCCUCUCAUAAUAUCCGCUGCAAACACUUGGUUUUGGCUAGCGGCAUCUUUUCAGAAGUGAUACAGCCCCUUCCGAUGUUGAACCCGUUAGUGUCUCUUGAACCGAUUCCUGAGAUACCGCUUCUUGUCGUUGGUUCCGGAUUUUCAGCGGCGGAUGCGAUUAUUUCGGCUCCCAACAACCAAAAGAUUCUGCAUGUAUUCAAAUGGGAUCCUGAGAAUCGACCGUCACCCCUGCGCGGAUGCCAUCAACACGCAUAUCCCGAAUACGCCGGUGUCUACCGGUUAAUGAGACGAGCAGCGGUCGCUGCAACACCGACCGCAAAGCGAAACAAACGAGUAACUUCAAGCUCCUUCCUCGAAAGCCGAUCUUGGGACCGAGUCUACGAGGGUCAACCUAAUGCUGAAAUUACUGCUGUCGAGAUGAAGGAAGACCACGCCACUGUGACCUUCCGUCGACCAACCGGCGAGACAUUCACGCACAAGGUGCGCGGUCUGGUAUAUGCUACUGGUCGGCGAGGUACCUUAAACUAUCUUGACCAUGAUCUACUUUCCGAAGUACUCGGACCCAACGACGGGGCUGAAACAAAUCCCGUCAUAUCCAGCCAGUCGCUACGCGGCAAAGCCUUCGAGAACUUGGAAGUUGCUCGCGAUGUAUAUAUCAUCGGCAGCUUGACUGGCGAUUCGCUCAUCCGCUUCGCCUACGGAGGCUGCGUACAGACAGCAGGUCGAUUAAUUGGAGCAUCUACCGGAGAAAGCGAAGGCACAAGAACACCUAGUGGUUCAGUGUCGUUCAGGCCGAGGGCGGCGCUUCCUGUUAUGAAUGGCAUCGAUGGACAUCAUAUCUAUCCUCAUGAACAUCCUCCUACGCCCUUGGAUAAGGAUAACAACCAUUACUCGGUCUCCGCCGCAGCUAAGAAAGUCGGUCUCGGUGGGUGA